AUGCGGCUGGUCAUGUACACGCAGGCGGAGGGGAUGCGGCUGGUCAUGUACACGCAGGCGGAGGGGAUGCGGCUGGUCAUGUACACGCAGGCGGAGGAGAUGCGGUGGUCAUGUACACGCGGGCGGAGGGGAUGCGGCCGGCGGUCAUGGUACCGCGGGCGGAAGGCUGCGGGCGGUUAUGGUAACACGCAGGGCAGGGAAGGGGAGCGGUACGGUCAUGGUACCACGCAGGCGGAGGGGAUUGCGGCCGCGUCAGUACACGCAGGCGAAGGGGAUUGGGGCUGGGUCAUGUACCGCAGGAAGGGAGGGGAUGCGGGCCGGGUCAUGUACGCGGGCGGGAAGGGCUGCGGGGGACGGUCAUUUGUAACGCAGGCAGGGGAGGGGAUGGGCGGAAGGUCAUGUACACGCAGGCCGGAGGGGAUGCGGCCAGUCAUGUACACGCAAGGCGGAAGGGAUGCGGCCGGUCAUAUACGCGGGCGGAGAGGCUGCGGCCAGUCAUGUACACGCAGGCGAGGGGAUGCGGCCAGUCAUGUACACGCAGGCGGAGGGGGACGGCCUUAG